GAAAACUACAGAAGAGUCUCGAACAUGAAAUGUGAGCGGAUCCAAUGCUUCAACUAUCAGGACUGUCAGAACACGCCGGUGCGGAUCUCCUACCAUCGCCUCAAUUUCCCCACCGGUGUGGUGGUCCCGGCCCAGAUCUUCAGGAUUGCCCCUUCGCCAGCCUAUGCGGGUGACAACAUCAUCAUGGACAUCAAGAAGGGGGACGAGGAGAAUUAUUUCAGCGUCAGGAAAUUCAACCCCUACACAGGAAUCCUGAACCUCCAGAGACCCGUCAGGAAGCCCAAAGACUUCCUUCUGGACGUAGAGAUGAAGCUGUUCCGGCAGGGGACGGUCACCACCUUCCUGUCCAGAAUCUACGUCUUCAUCACCGCCAACGCCUCCUAA